AACUAUUACUAUCGAACAAUUAAUUGCAUUACAAUUAACAGUAUACCGCGGAAAAAUGGAGCGUUGGGUUGGAAAGGUAGCUCUAGUGACGGGUGCGAGUUCCGGUAUUGGAGCUGCCAUUGCAAAAGAGCUGGCUCGGUCAGGUCUUACAACCGUUGGUCUGGCCAGAAGGGUUGAACGGGUUGAAGCGCUUAAAAGUGAACUAACAACGGAAGCUGCUUCCAGGUUGAUCGCGUUAAAGUGUGAUAUAACUAAAGAGGAAGAUAUACUAAGCGCGUUUGCCUUCGUUAAUCGGAGGUUCGGUGGCAUUGCUGUUUUAGUGAAUAAUGCAGGAGUGUCUUCAGAUACGACGGUACUGACGCCAGAAAACACAAAGAAAGUUCGAGAAAUUUUCGAUACCAAUGUAAUUGCAUUGAUACAAUGCAGCAGGGAAGCGUUCCAGUCGAUGAAGAAACAAACGUCGGAGGGUCACAUCAUCAACAUCAACAGCGUUUCGGGUCAUUACGUACUGGACUUACCUCGACAGUCAGUGUACAGUCCGAGCAAGUUUGCCGUAACAGCCCUCACGGAAACAAUGCGUAACGAGUUGAGGAAAGAAAAAACAAAUAUUAAAGUAACGAGCAUUAGUCCAGGAAUAGUAAAAACGGAAAUUUUGGAAGGCGUUCCCGGGGUAGAUCUUAUUCCGACUUUGGAACCGGAGGAUAUAGCCGAUGCCGUACGGUACGUACUGAGUACCCCGCCGAGAGUUCAGAUUCACGAACUAAUGAUUCGACCAAUGGGGGAGCCGUUCUAGUCGUAGAAUGACUGGGUUUUGGUUGAUUAAAGUGAAUCUCGAAAUCGGUUUGGUGAAAGUAAGCGUGGUACGCGGAGUAAUGCCACAAAAUUUAUAACUUAAAAGAAGUAAACAAAUAUUUUUA